UUCUCUCUCUCUCCUCCUUUUGUCGAUCUCUCUCUCUCUGUACAUCUCCUUCUAGCCCUCGUUGCAAUGGCGGGCGCGGCCGUGGCGUCGCCCCUUUGCACGUGGAUUGUCGCGGCGGCGUGCAUGUCCUCCUCCGCCGCUUCCGACCAGGCGCCCCCCCCCAAGUCGGGCCGGAGGUGGACGACGAUGGCGGCCCCCACCCGCGGCGGCCGCGCCCACCCCAGGCGGCGGCUGAUCUCCGCCAACAGCAACUCCGGGAUCCAGGGCAUCGUGAGUGCCUGCCUCGCCUUCGAACCCUGCGCCGACUUCCGCGGCGCCGUCGCGUCGCCUCUCUUCGGCGACGGCGGCCUCUCGUCUCUCUUUGGGCUGUGGAACGCGGAGGCCCACCGAUGGCGGCGGAGAACCGCCCGCUCCCGCGCUGUCUCUGGAAAAGUGAUGGCAGUCGCCUUGGAGCCAACUAAGGAACUUACAGAGAAGAAGAAAAGGCAUAUAAAAAAGAGGAGGGUUGUUGUGACUGGCAUGGGAGUGGUUACUCCUCUAGGACAUGAUCCGGAUGUCUUCUACAACAAUCUCCUUGAGGGUGUCAGUGGCAUAAGUGAGAUUGAAACAUUCGACUGCUCCAGUUUUCCGACGAGAAUUGCAGGGGAAAUUAAAUCUUUCUCGGCGGAUGGGUGGGUGGCACCGAAACUGUCAAAGCGGAUGGACAAGUUCAUGCUCUAUUUACUGACUGCUGGCAAAAAAGCAUUGGAAGAUGGCGGGGUCACAGAAGAAGUCAUGAGCCAGUUUGAGAAAACAAGAUGUGGUGUGCUGAUUGGGUCUGCAAUGGGUGGGAUGAAGGUGUUUAAUGAUGCAAUUGAAGCUUUGAGAGUGUCAUACAAGAAGAUGAAUCCCUUCUGUGUACCCUUUGCGACCACGAAUAUGGGAUCUGCAAUGCUUGCAAUGGAUCUGGGGUGGAUGGGCCCAAAUUAUUCAAUUUCAACUGCAUGUGCAACUAGCAACUUCUGCAUUCUAAAUGCAGCACACCAUAUCAUACGAGGUGAAGCUGAUGUGAUGCUUUGUGGUGGAUCUGAUGCGGCAGUCAUACCAAUUGGAUUAGGCGGUUUUGUGGCAUGCAGAUCACUUUCACAAAGAAAUAAUGAUCCCACCAAAGCUUCACGCCCUUGGGAUGUUGAUCGUGAUGGAUUUGUUAUGGGGGAAGGGGCUGGCGUGCUACUUUUGGAAGAACUAGACCAUGCUAAGCAAAGAGGAGCAGAAAUCUAUGCAGAGUUUCUAGGAGGAAGCUUCACCUGUGAUGCUUACCACAUGACCGAACCACAUCCGGAAGGGACAGGCAUUGUUCUCUGCAUCGAGAAGGCACUAUCAGAAUCAGGAGUAUCCAGAGAGGAUGUUAACUAUGUAAAUGCUCAUGCAACUUCGACACUUUCUGGUGAUUUAAAAGAAUAUCAAGCUCUGAUGUGUUGUUUUGGCAAGAACCCUGAGCUGAGGGUGAAUUCUACAAAAUCAAUGACUGGUCACCUGUUGGGUGCUGCUGGUGCAGUCGAAGCUGUUGCUGUUGUACAGGCUAUUCGAACACGGUGGGUCCAUCCAAAUAUUAAUUUGGACAACCCGGAGAAAAGUGUGGAUGUGAAUCUGCUAGUAGGUUCGAAAAAGGAAAGAUUGGAUGUGAAGGUAGCAGUAUCUAAUUCCUUUGGGUUCGGUGGGCACAACUCAUCUAUCCUGUUGGCACCUUACAAGUAAUAGUGGUAUGGUGGUGCUAAAAAACAUGUUUGAAAAUGGCAGGCCAGCAUCAGAUACCCCCUGUACCCUAGUUUUUUUUUUCUUAUUUUGUUUUAUCAAUUUUCCUGAUAUUAUUAUUCGCUGAUUCCACAUGUUUUAAGAAAGAAUAGAUCAGUUUUUUUUCCCCCUGUAAAACAAAUAUUGUUUGUCAUAAUAUUUGUUCAAUCGGUAUAUGC